UAAGAGAAAAAGGAGAAACUGUGGGUCUAGUGAAAAACGCCAAACCAAGCUCCAAUGCCCAGGCACAUCAGUGAGGAAAUGGAUUUCCGCAGCACGCAACACGUCCUGGUUCCCGCGCUAGAAUACAAACAGAGAAAUGAACUCCAUCCUCCCAGCAGCUCACCACUGGCAGCCGAGCCGUUAAAUCACGCCUUCCUGCAGACAGCCCUGCAUGAACAUCUGUGUAACAGGUACCUUAAUGCACUUCACAACUGCUCUUUGUACGGUGUGGACACAGAGGACCGAACAUGGGACUGAGUAACAGGAGAAACCCCUUAAGAAGGGGCUUGGGGAACCUUUCCCCCCUGCCACUGCCCCUUCCUCCUUCACAUGCAGCUUCUCCCAGUUUAAGCAAAUACGCUGUGCUUGACAAAAACAAGGUGCAGUUUCUUAAGGAACUAAGAAGCCAACAAAUGAUAGUUCAUGGAGAUGUAGUAUCACAAUUGUUUGCAACUUUCUGUGCACACUCCAUCUGCCAGAUGAAAGCACAAUUUUAUUGGACAAAGCAAAAGGCAGCAGGAAGGUGAUCGCGCAAGAGCCUGGAGCAGCAUCGCCUUCCUUACGGUCUCUCAACCACACAGCAUCCACACACCAGCUUGGUCUGUGCAGAAACAGGCAGGAGAAUCCCUCAGCUACAAUGGAGAGCCCAGCACGUAUCGCGCCGGUGCCGGCUGCCCGGGCUCUGACAGCACAGCUCCCUGUCCACACUGGGAAAGGGGAAAGAGACGGCGAAAGGGAAAACAGAGCUUUUCCUAAGCCAAUGAAAUGCAACUGUGAACACAGUUCCCAUGGUAACAGCAGGAUCCAGGGGAAGAAAAGGAAAUGUAAAUCGGAUUAUCAAGAAGGGGAUGAACAGGGAGGGAAGAACUAACGAACCAGUUGCAUCAGCCAGCCCAGCCAGGAACUCUUCCCCGAGCGCAGCAGCCUCCCGGUAAUUGAUGCAGAACGGUACUUUCACCGUCUGCCAUCUUAACCAUAAAUGAGGAGGAGGCUCAAAAAUGCCCUGAACAUUAAAAAGAAAAAAUCAAAGAGAAGUAACUCAUGAGAGCCAAGAUUUAUGCCCCUGCAGCCCCAGGGGACAGAGAGCGCCCCGCCGUGACAUUCCAGCAAGGACUCGCGCUUUGCGGAGCGAACACGGUGAAAUGGAGGCAGCUUCCAGCAGAGCCAGAAGCACAGCAGGUGGAUUUAAACCCACACGUCCAAGAGCAGCAGAGCAUGUUUCUGCAGGGUUCCCAGGCUCGCAAGCAACCCUCCCAGCCUGGGGAAGGACCACGGCAUCUCGGCUGCCCUCUAGAUCCGCGCUCCCUGCGCCGCUUCGGCUGCUCACUGCAUGCACCCGCUGCUUCCCAGCCCGGAACAGGUUAAGUCUCAAAAACACCUCCUGGGGUUCUGAUACUCCUUUUCUGCUCUGUUUUAUUUCCUCAAAGACAGAGAUUCGCUGCCUGGGUCUGGCUUGACCUCACGGCAGAGCCCACGGCCGCCCCUCCGCAGCACAGUGUGCGGGGCGGAGCAGGAGGGACACGCGGAUUUGCCACGCCGGAGCCCUUUUGGAGACAGGCACAAAUAUUUCAUGGUGGGGAGAUGGUGCUCUGGCAGCAUCGCACAGAUGUGGAUUUGCAGAGGAAGUCGCAGGUUGGCCUGACCUGGGGAGGGGGAGAGGGACAGCCCCGCCACGCCAGGACACCCCGUAUCGUCACACGCAUCAGAAUGCUGCACCAGCCCCAAAACACAACCAGGCAGCCGUUCCUAAGCGGGGCCAGGUUCCAGGAAAGGCAAAACAUCCAGCUGGAACCAGAAAAGACAUCUCCAGAGUGGCACAAACUGUACAGACGCCCUUUGAUUCAGGCACUCAGUGCAACCUCCUCCGUUCAGAAGGAGAGGGGGACUCGAGAGCCCUGUCUUGACUCUUUGCAGUAUGUCGAGCGGGUCCUGUCUGAGAGCCUCUGAACGUCUGGCACAAAGGAGCACUUGUGCCUCCGGAGCACGUGUAGAGAGAAAGAAAACGGACUGAAUAGCACAAUGCAGGACUGAGCUGAUCUCUGAAACUCUCACGCUUGAUCUAACGGCAAAAUUACCAGGGGUACGUACCCAAGUGUCUUCCUAUCAGCAGUCCUGCAUGGAAGCAAUGUCCUGGUUCGAGUUCCCCAAAAUCCAGCCACAUGGCAGCCAUGCCAACAGGAGGAAGGAGCGAGAUUUCAGCAAGGGCAGCCCAUGUGGGGCCACCACUCUGGUAGUUAAUUGAGGCAAAGCUGCUAUGCUUUUCUUGGCCGCCAGUGUGAGGUGGAGGAGUUUGUUACUGCCAAUGCAUUUUUCCUCACGCACAGUUCUUCCGCAUGAGGUUGAACUGCUUAGCGUUGACAGUGCAUCUGUUAAGAUUGGCUCUAGAAACCAAAUGUUCUUGAAAACAGAGAAAAGCGCUGUGCUUGCCCUCCAUCUCCCCGGCCACGCAGCCCCCGCGAUGGGCAGAGAGCACGCGCGAUGGCCCGGGGCGGCUGCGGCUGCAGAGCCGCUCUGCCCGAAAGGUGCAGCGGGCGCAGGCGCGAGGGGCGGCUCCCCGAGGACGGCGGGACCCGCAGAGUCAGGCUCGUUUCUGCUGACACAAGGAGAGGGCCCGCAGGAGACCUGGGAGAAGCACUCUUCCCAAUGCUUCAAAUUCCUCUCCUGCUUUGCGUUCAUGGUUUACAACUGCAUUUCUGUCCCACCUCCCACAGCAGCUACCUUGGGCUUAGAGAAAACGGUGAGCCUGCUUCUUCGAGAAGAUCCUGCACCCAGCACGUAGCACCGGCAUCACCACGGACUACAUGCGCCAUGCAAGGACAUCCCUGCAAACGGAGGAAGACUGCCUUCCUCCACGGUCACCCAAUCCUCUCUUCAGAGGAAGAAAGAAAAGAAAAAGAAAGGCCAACGCAGCCUCCUCACUUGACUCCCUUUAAUUAGUAACCAUCUGGUUUUGCGGAGAGCUGUCAACCAACGUGGAGCAUUUGGCAAGUUUCCUCGGCUGCUGCUCUCCUAACUUCAGCUCCUGGGAUUUGCAACUCAAGAUCCGAAGCAGGUCUCAGAUCAGCUAUUUUAUCAGAAUGCCUAAAAUUCACCAGUCAGCUGGUGGCUUUGUCCACCAGGUUCAGGAAAUGAGAUUUUUCUUAGUUGCGACCGCACGCCACAGACUUCCAGUGCUCCUCAAAGACUUGAUCUCCAGCCCCCGGCAGCAAACACUAAGGUCAGACUGAACCGAAUAUCACGCUAUGCAACCUUCACUGUAGUCUGCAGACAGACCAAAGGCCGUGAGGUGCCCACCCCUUCCAUUGCCGAGGAAUCAGCAAAACCUCACAGAGCAGACAUGACAUCAGGCUCUUGGGACGGAGACAACACUGGGGCAGCAUUGAGGCAAUCGCAACACGAGGGAGAUAUUCAAAGGACUAAAGCCCAGACAGAGUCCACACAGCAAGGACUGCCCAACCCCAGAAAACCAAGUGACUGCCCGAGCAAGAGAGCAUCGAAAGCGCGGCAGAGGGGAGGUGGUGUCCCUUUAAAUGUGACCAAAGUGUUGUCAGUGGAUCUGCCAUGGCAGAGGAGCUAAUCCCCCCCCAGCCCCUCUCAGCCACUCUGAUGGGAUAAUUAGAUGCGAGGGCUCAGUGCAGAUGAUGCUGCAGUUGCUUAGCAACUAAUGGUUUCCACGGCGACGGCAAAGCGCAGCCUGCGAGCAGCAAGUGAGCAGUGCAGCAGGGCAGGGAGCAGUGCCUUCCACUCCUGCACUGAUCCGGAGUCACUCCAGGCCUUGAGGUAUUAGGGGAGCGAGGAGGGGGUGUCUUAAAGACACAGCAUCCCUGUUUCCAGCAGCAGGAAGAAUGUUUGGGGUCUUUUUGAGACUGCAAUUUCUGUGACUCCGUCGUCCCGCUCUCGGUGACCCCACGAGCGAGGCUGAACCACACCGCGCCUUCUCACGCAGAAGCUCGCGCCUCGAUUCACGGGCCAUCCUGCUGUAAGCAGCCGAAUGUGAGUCCCGCAUUGGUUCUCACACCCAGGGCUGAGAGGUGAACACACACACGCACACGUUUACAUUGUCAGCACUGUCCCAUGAGAAGCCGUGUACCCGCAUCCAGCUUGGCCCUGAACCAGCAGGCAACGGGGCAUUUCCUCCUGAUUCUGCAGCUCCACGACACAUAUAAAAGUGACACCAGCAAUAAAACACGAAGAGUGUCACCAGAAUAACAUAUGAGAUCGAUUAACCUUAGCCAAAGUCUGUCAUCUGGUAUUUCCUUCAACACGACUGACUCCUCAGCUUUGUUACCGCCAACCCCUGCACCGCGCCAGCAUCGCCCUGUUUCCGAGCACCGCGGCCGCGACCCGCGUCUCUUCUCACCGCGCACUGUGCUUGCUGGCAGCGCAGCUGCUGCCCCGUCACCUCGCGAGCUGAGCAGGGUCGAGCUCUGUCUGCGUUUUGAUAACAGAGCUCUGGGACAUGUAGGUGGGGUUGUUGGCAUUGGGUGGUCUUCACCCCCUCGCAUGAUGCAGGGAUGGCAUCCCCGCCCGCUUGCAAAUACAGCCGUACAUGUUAAAGCUUUGCAAAUGUCUCAAGCACAGAAGGGAGUGUGGAAAACUCGCAUCCCAGAGACAAGCUCUGCACUCGUACCAUCCUCUCCCCAGCCCCACACGAAGCAUCUGAUCCCCAGCCCGCACCGACGGCCGGUUCAGCCGCGAGCGAGGCGUCCUCCCUGGAGCCGUCCCGAUCCGCCCAGCGCUUCAGGAAGGUACCAGAGCAGAGUCACCAAAAAAGUUGCAGAGCGUUUCAGACUCUGUCCCCUACGGCUUUCAAAGGCGGAAAUCAAAGGGAAGAGCCGCGCUUUGUUCCGCAGGGGAGCGGCGUGAAAGGUGAGCGGCGGCGAGCCCGGCGGAACCGGUCGCUUCAGUCGCCCGCCAGCUCACCUUUGAAGUGGUUUUAAAAAUCAGGGAGGAGGGGCAGAGACCCGAGUUCAGCUCUUUUACUGCAACUUCACAGAAUUUGAGAACGCGGAGGGUAGGAGGCCGCCUUUGCCCCAUCAGAAAAAUAGCAUAUCUUUUCAGAGAGAACGGAAUACUGCUAAUAAAAAAGGCCGCGAUACUCAUCAAGUACAUGUGCCGUGUCCUCAUGUCCUGAGGCAGCUACGAACAGCUGUGACAGCAGCAGCACCUGCCUGCGGUACCGCCGGGGCCACAGCCGGGCGCCCGCGGCGCUCACCGGCACCGCGGCCGCGCCCAGCCCGGCGCCACGGAGCGACGACUCUCACCGGUGCACGGCCUCGCGCUCCCUCUCCUGCUUUUUCUGCUGCCCCUCUGUAACAGAAAGGGCUGGUUUUAACCUCGGCCCGCGCAAACCCUGGGAGCUCUUUCUAUGUUAUAGUCGCAGGAGAAUGGAAGUGGUGCCAACGCGGUGGGAGCCGCGCUGUGCGAGGACGAGCCAGGUGCCCAGCAAGACAGGAAAAAGUACCAAUUACUUAAUUGGAAAUGAAUCUCUGUUCUACCACAGAAAUAUACCUAUCUAUAUAAAGCACACAGCUGACUGGCACGACCAAUAUUCACAAGCCCCGAGUCCCCCCAGGACCACAGAACUUGCUUCUGUACAAACACCAUCAGCUGGGCAAGGCCAACACCUGAGAAGCAACCAAGCCUGCUCACAGUUACAUCAUGAAUCCAAAAAGCCUUUUCUCUUUGUCUGCAAACAAAUCUUCAUCCAAAAUGCCAGGAGAUGGGAAUCAGCAAGGAAAGAGAACUGCGCUUGCCCCCCAGCCCACGUCCUUAGGAAUCUUCACGGAGUCCUUGUGCUCACGAGUGUGCGGGAGUAGGUGAGGCUGGUUGCCAGUAAAACCAUCCACCAGCUUCCACACGGGUAACGCUCACCUGAGAGGAGCUGGCUCUGAAGAACCCAGACGUCCUGAGCCAAGACACCUCCAGCUGGUUCCCUCUGCGCCUGCAGCUCCGUCCACGACGACACUGGCUGUUGUGACCUCCCGCACGUGUCAGCAGGUUCUCUCCUCGCUUCUGUUCUGAAGCUAGAGAGAGGGGGACCAAAAAAUGAGAUGGCUUUAGGAAACAGGUGUGAGCUUCUGGUUAACUCAUAGGAUUCAUCAGUCUUAGACUUUAUUUGCUACAAAUGGGCUCUAUCAGUCUGAUUCUGGGAAAGCAGGGGCAGUAAGACAGGGCUCGGGGGUUAUGAUGCUCUCACCCAGAAUAUCCAAACUGCUGGGAUCAGGAUUCAGUAACCAACGGGCCAGAGGCAAAAUCAAGGCCUUUUCUCCUCUUCCUGGACUUAGGGAAAGGUCCACAGUUGUGACCAUAUAUAUUUAAAACAUUCUUAGGCUUCAAGCUGGAAGCCAACACCUGUGCAGCGUACUGCGGGGGCCGGGCAGCCCACGGGGCGGUUGUGCUGCUUCACCUGUCGGUGUCACGGCAGCCCGCUGCCGCACCGGCGUGCGGGAGAGCUUUCCAUCCCGCAGCAGCGCCAGGGAGCUCCUUCCACACCUUGUUUUGGGGAGGGCCCACGUACAACUGCCCAGGGCUGCUCUGUGUGGGGCAAUAUCUUAUCGUAUGUUAUAUCCUCUCCCUCCCCGCUGUUCCUUACCAGCUCCACAGACCAGUGCAGCCUCCUCUGAGAGCAGAGCGACCUGGGGCAAGACGGGAGAAAGGAAGCUGCAGCCCUGCACCGCCCGCAGCUGUCGCUCGUCUCCCUCAUUGCUCUCGGCCUAACUCGGGGCACCGGCUCUGAACCAGCUGCGGGUGAUUUUCGUGGCUCCCUGUGGAAUGCCAGCUCACACGGCCUCUUGUGGCCAAGCCACGCGCUCGGCUCUGCUCUGGCUCUGCCUGGCUGCUCCUGCACCGCGGCACGCAGCGCGGCGUCCUUCCCCGGGUAUUCCUCUGGCUUCUCUUCGCAGCAGUGCCUUGGUUGUCAAGAGCUGUGCCUGGCUGAAGAGCAAGCCGGCCGAGAUAAUUCAUCCACAUGCAAGGUGCAGCAACCACAGGACUUGAUUUGUCCCCAAAGAAAUACUUUACAUGGUCCUGAGGUUAUUAACACUACUGCAUCCAGCCUAGCACACUUGUACGAGGCUGUUGUCGAAGUACCAGAGGCUAUGUGGUUGGUGAGGCAUCGACGGAGGGCGCGCGUAGAUAAUCACAGGCUUAAUGAAUUACUGCGCUUCAGCCGACGUGUACGCCACUGCACGAGAGUUUCGCUGCCAACGGAAAGGGGAAAGCAACUCCGUGGUGCGACAGGUCGAGUGAUAGGUGGUAAAUUAUUAAACUGUAGUAGCUGGGCUCUUUGCAACGCGUCUCAAGUCAAACACCAGGCUCCGGUUUCAGGAAGGGGAAGGGUGUUCACUGGGGCCGCUCAGACUGCCCGAGGAGCCGCCGGCCGAGCGGGCCCUGCUGGCGCCCGAGGAGCCCGGCGGGAGCGCGUGGUCCCGCUGGCCGCCGCUCACGAGUGGAAAAAGCCACACGGCUGUCGUCGUUUGUGCUGAGCAAGAGCCAAGCUGGCUUGAUAUUUGCGAAAUGCCUAACGAGCGCACGCAGCACAAACUAACACGCCUGCUUUUAUUGAAGAGGCAAAGCUGAGCAGGCCAGAUCCUCCUCUGCCCUUUGAAAGUCACCUUUUCAAGAAAAGCUUCUUCAUGUUUGACUUAUUUUUCAAUUGUCUGUCUCAAAAGAUGCAAACACACGAAGCGCGAGAACAGUGACAGCAAAGGGUGCAGGAACGUCCGGCCCAGAGCACUGCAGAGCAAACCCGCGCUCUGGAAAAGCUUCUUACUCUGUUCUUCCAUCACGCAGAAAAAACCCAAACAACUCAAACCCAAACUUUUGGUGCAAGGGUCAUGGAACUCACUUUUAAGCCGAGAUCCCCGCCUGGACGCCUGCCUGUGUAACCUCGUCGAGGGGUUCCUGCUCGGGCAGGGGGGGCGGACUAGAAACCAGAAACCAGCCUACGCGGUGCCGCCAUCAGCUCACCUACGCCACCAGUACGGACCAGUUACUGAAAGGAGCUCCAGCUGCAGAAGUUGCAGAGAGACCGACGGCUGUCAGUCCCACAUGGGACAGCACUGUCUGUCUGUCUGUCUGUCUGAGCAGGGCCCAAAGUAAGGUGAACUGUCUUUGGACGGCAGCACUGAGAUCCACUGGGGCUGCAGUUCAGACGCUCUCCUCCCAUCCUGCCAGACUAGAGCACGGGCAUCUUGGGCUCUUAUUACAUGUGAAAAGAGACAAACCAAACCAUUAUGUCAGGUUAACAGCUGGACUCGAUGACCUUAAAGGUCUUUUCCAACCCAAAUGGUUCUACGAUUCCACAAUUUAAGAUUUUUGUUAGAGCUGUAGAAGGGCAGGAAAACAGCAGCGUCAGAGCACCGAUAGCAGGCAGGGUCGGAAGGCAGCCGGGCGGGGCUCGGCGUGUUUCAGGGCAGCGCACAACAGUCACAACAGCGAGCGAAACAAGUCCGAAACCGAAUAAAGCCCCAGACAGGGCGGGGGAGAACGGCGUUUGCCAGGGGCACAGCCCCGCACGGCAAGUGACAGGGCAGCUAGUGACACGCCAGCCCGCUGUACAGAAAACAGCAGGGGCCCCGCGGCCGGAGCGGGCCGAGCCGCCGCCCCGCCGGGACCGCCGGCGCGCGGCUCCGAGCGCCCGCUGGGGCGGCCCGGGCCCGGCAGGACCGCAGCCGCCGCGCCUGCGCGCUCCGCCCCGCCCGCCAUGGCCGUGCUGCACUGCGCGCUGUGCCGCCGCACGUCCUUCGCGGGCCGGCGGCACCUGUACAGCGCCGGGCACCGGCGGCGGCUGCAGGAGGCGCUGGCGCGGCUGCAGGAGGAGGUGGCGGCGGCGCGGGCGGCGGCGGCGGCGGGCGCCGUGCGGCCCCUCGAGCCGGCGGAGGACGAGCGGCGCGUCUGGUGCCUGUGCUGCGGCCGCGGCGUGCGGCGGGACGGGCGGAGCGGCGGGCUGGCGCUGCCGGGGGCCGCGCUGCUGCGGCACAUGGCCGGGUACCGGGGGGGGCCGGGCGGCGGGGGGACCGCCCGGGGCGCGGGUGGCGCUGACGCAGUCCCGCAGGCCCGAGCACCGGCGGGCGACGCUGCGCUUCUGGCGGGAGCAGCGGGCGGAGGCGGCGCUGCGGGAGCGCGUGCUGGUGCCGGCCGAGGAGUGCGAGCGGCUGGAGCGGGCGCUGCAGCGGGCGGUGGCCGCGCACCGGCAGCGGGAGGACGAGCGCAUCCAGGAGAUGGCGGCCGCGAUCCGGGAGGCCGAGCAGCGGCAGCGGGAGACGGUGCGGGCGGCGCUGGAGCUUCCCCCGGAGUCCGAGCUGCGCACAGGACCUGACUGCGGCGCCCGAGCCGGACCCCAGAGCGCCCCAAACAAAUUCUGCUCCAGAAACCUCAGACAAUCGUCGCCUGCCCAGCUUCGGCAGCCACUCAGCUCCCAGCUCCUGUGUUCCAGGGACGACUGCGAGGACGCGGAGCAGCCCGGCCCGAGCGGGACGCACACAGGACCCGACUUAACCCGGAUGGAGCCAGGCCAGGCCUUGACCUUCAUCGGCCACCAGGAAGCAGAGGGGAAAGGAAACGUUCACACAGGAGCGAAACCCCCGUGGCUGACAGAGGAAGAGGAUGGAAGUAGAAGAGAAAUCGGACCUUCGUAUGAGGAAUUUCUUAAGCAAAGGGAGAAGCAGAAGCUGAAAAAGCUGCCGGCGGAGCGCGUGGGCGCCAACUUUGACCAUACUUCUGAGACGGGCACCGGCUGGCUGCCGUCCUUCGGGCGGGUGUGGAACCACGGCAGGCGCUGGCAGUCCCGGCACCAGUUUAGAACUGAAUCGGGGGAAAAGAAGAGAAGGUGAUGAGGAGCCCGAAGGAAGCGCCGUGACGCACGCGGAGAGGCGGUGGCUCCCCGGUUCAGCGCUCGGCUCGCGCGUCUGGCGCGUUCGGUUCGCUGAGCUCACACGGCGUGAACAAACACGUUGAACAAAGGCAUUUUUGAGAAAUAAAGUUUGUUUUUUAAAAAGUUA